AUGAACGAUAGCGUUUAAGCAAUCUAGGAAAGUUACACUAGGAUUAAGUUAUUGAGUAAUGAUGUUUAGAUUAAAGACUAAACAAUCAAUAUACUUUAGGAAAGACUACAAGAGUUGGAGGAAUAAUUGAGUUAGGCAAUCAAAUAAAAAGAGUAUGGGGAUCGAUAAUUUGCUAUAUUGUAAGAAGAACAUGAUCAAAUGUUUGACAAUUAAUAGAAAAAAAACAAGUAACUGCAAUAAUUUAACUAAUAAUUAUUGGUUGCAUUGAAGGAAGUCUAAGAUAAGAAUUAGGAGCUUUUAGAAAAAGUCAAAUUUUAAAGCUAGGAAAUAUCUACAAAGUAAAUGGCUCAAUAAGAGGUUACUGAAUAGAUCUCAUUGAUAAAAGAUGCAGUCAAGGGGUUGGAGGAUGAAUUAUAAUAAUUAACUAAGAAAAAUUCAAUUUUAAAAAAAGAAAAGCAAGAAGCAGAAUCAUCAUUAAAAUAGGUUACAUCUGAAAAGAAUAAGUUUGAAAAUAGUGUAAUGAAUAUGCUUAAAUAAUUGGAAACAGAGAAUGAGCUAUUGAAAUAAGAGUUGGAAGAAUAUCGAUAGAGAUUGGAAUAACAACAUUAGGAGUUAGUUGAGUUGAAAUAUAUGAAAAUUCAGUUUGAGGAUUUAGAAAAGAAGAAUCAAUAGUUAAAUGAGCAAUUCAAUAUUUAAGUUCAGACUGCAAUGGAAUGUGAGAAGAAUUAUGCAUUACAAUUUGAUGAAAUGAAUAAGGCCAAUGAAAAAUUAAGGAAAGAAUGCGAAAUUUAGAAUGAUCACUAUAAACAACAAAAGGAGUACUCUAAUUAAUUGGAAUAAUAAAACAAAGAGUUCUCAAAAUUGUUUAAUUAUAUUUAAUAAUAAAUUGAUGAAACUAUUUCAGAGUGUUUGGUUGUUAAAAAGAAAUCAAAUGUCUAUGAAAGGUUGUAUGAAGGUAGAAAAUCAUCAUCUGCUUCCAGUCGUAGGUCAGUCCCCAAAAAGAAGAAGAAAUAUAGUUAUAAUUAAAUACAAAUUGAGGAAUUCUUUAUAGAUAUCAAAGAGAUCAUAUAGAGUUUAAUAUCUACGAAUACUUAAUUGAAGGAUGAAAAUGAUCAAGUUUGUAAAAAUAUCUAAGAGAUGCACAAGGUAGGAGAGUAGCUGAGAUAUAAAAUUGAAUAAUUGAAUUCUGAGCACAUCAAAGCAAAAGACUAAUUGCAAUUAGAGCAUUAAAUUAUAAUUGAAUAAUAGGAAGACAAAAUCAAUUAAUUACAAGAUGCUCUUGAACAACAAAAUUUAAAAGCAUAAAAAGAUAACUAAUAUAUCAAUCAACUUGUUGAAUCAUGUCAUCAAUAUGAUUAAUAAAUCUUAGAAAAAGAGAAGUUAAGCUAAUAGUGUUUAUUAUAGAAAUAGGAUUUGGCAUAGGAAUUUGAAGAGCUUAAUAAUUAAUACAUCUAACUAUAAGUUGAAUUCGAAGAGCUACUCGUAAGAAAAGCUAUUUCUUAAAAUAAAGUGGCUUUAAGUUAUAGUUUAUUAUCUUACUUACUUAAAAAUAAGAGAAGUUAAUUUUUGUUUUCAUAAUUUAUUUAAUAUUCAAAUUACAUCCAUUAUUUUGUGUUGCUUAGGAAUGAAUUCUAGGCUAGGAGUAACAAUGUUUACUUGAGAUUCAGAAAAGUAGCAUAUGCAAUUAUUUUUGUUAAAAAACUGAAAAAGGCCUUGUACAUUAAAGAUGAAGUAGUGAGCCUUGAAUUUGAAGCUAAUGAAGUCAUUGAUUAGACCUUUGAAAAGUUCAUCCCAAUAUUUCAUGAAAUAGAAGAAGGAAAGUAAACAGAUUUUAAUAUAGUUAAUAAGAUGCUAAAAGAAUUAAAGUAUUAAAUAAAUAAAUACGAUAUGAGAUAUUAAGGCAGAUCUGUGAAUUCAUAAAGUUACUAUUAAAUCUUAAAUUUUGCAAAGGAAGAUAUUCUCAAGAAAAAUUCAGUUGUAGGUUAAAUUGACUAUUAUAAAUAACAAUUAAGUUCCUUAUAAACUAGAGUUUACUAAUUGGAUGAAUAUGUUUAGUAAUUGGAAUCAGAAAAAAUAAACUUUUCAACAACUCAACAAUAAUAAGUAUACUUAUAGUAAUCUGAAGAAUAAUCAGUCAAUAAAUUUAGAACAGAUUCCUCCCCUCCUUAAAAAAACAAUCUAUCGGUGUCCCUUUAAAAUGAACUGAUGUCAAUUUUGAGUAAAAAAUCUUCAGCUAAUUUAUACAAAGCUGGUCAAAUAGUUAAAUAAGGAUUUUGA